UAAGAGGAAAAGGGGGGAGGGGGUUGAAGAGAAGAAGCAAGCUGUGGAAUGCAUUCCCCUGUAACUGUGAAAUGCCAAAACCGGCCCAUGUGUUAGCAAAAGGUUUUCUAAUAAGGAGAAUAAUGAACUUCAGUUUCUGACCUCCUGGAACGACAGCCGUAUUUAUCAGAAGGGGCAUGUGACUUAUUAAGACACACAGCUUGGUCUUGAAGGAAACAGCUGUUCGUUCACUUCAUGCUUUAGCACUUGGCAGCUGGACAAGAAAGGGUGAUGUUUGCAUGGAAUACCUCUGCAGACCGACUCUAGUUAAGUUUCCUUCUACAUGCCUAAAAUAGUGAUGGCAGCAUCCACUCAUAAAAGUUCCAGUGCUAGCAAUCAGUCUUGAGAUCAUUAGUUUUCCUGAAGUACAACUGAAAAUGAAGCCCUCCCUUGACUGCUAAUGGCACUCACCUCUACAAUUAUGGAAAUGGUCUUCCUCUUGCUGAAAAUGUGUCUAGUUCUUUGACAACGGCUUAAGAACAAUGGGGUCAAGUACGCUUGGGAAAGCAGCGACAUUGGAUGAAUUGUUGAGCACAUGCAUCGAAAUGUUUGAUGACAGGGGAGAACUGAGCAAUAGUUACUUGCCAAGAAUCGUUCUUUUGAUGCACCGAUGGUAUCUAUCAUCCACUGAGCUGGCGGGAAAACUUCUCUCACUAUACCGCAAUGCUUGUGGGGAAGGAUGUGAUGAAUUCCGCCUGAAGGUCUGCUACUUCAUGAGAUACUGGAUUCUGGAGUUCCCAGCAGAAUUUAAUCUAGAUCUUGGUUUGAUUCGUAUGACUGAAGAGUUUCAGGAAGUAGCCAGCCAGCUGGGAUAUGAAAAACACAUCAACCUCAUCGACAUAUCAAGCAUUCCUUCCUAUGACUGGAUGAGAAGAGUCACACAGAGGAAAAAGGUAUGUAAGAAGGGAAAAGCCUGUCUGCUGUUUGACCAUCUGGAACCCAUUGAACUGGCUGAGCACCUUACUUUUCUGGAGCACAAAUCUUUCCGACGGAUUUCAUUCACAGAUUAUCAAAGCUAUGUAAUUCAUGGCUGCCUGGAGAAUAAUCCAACCCUGGAAAGAUCCAUUGCUUUAUUUAAUGGGAUCUCUAAAUGGGUCCAAUUGAUGGUUCUUAGCAAACCAACUCCACAGCAAAGAGCCGAAGUCAUCACAAAAUUUAUAAAUGUUGCACAGAAACUUCUUCAGCUACAGAAUUUUAACACAUUGAUGGCAGUGGUGGGAGGACUAAGCCAUAGUUCUAUAUCCCGCCUCAAAGAGACUCAUUCUCAUCUUUCUUCAGAAGUUACAAAGGACUGGAAUGAAAUGACUGAACUUGUCUCCUCCAGUGGCAAUUACUGCCGUUACCGCAAAGCUUUUGCUGACUGUGAAGGCUUCAAAAUCCCCAUCCUGGGUGUUCACUUGAAAGACUAUGCCGUUCAUGUCAUUUUCCCAGAUUGGACUGAAGAUCAUAAAGUCAAUAUUGUGAAGAUGCACCAGCUCUCAGUGACCUUGAGUGAGCUGGUCUCCCUCCAGAGCGCCUCACACCACUUAGAACCUAACAUGGAUUUAAUCAACCUCCUAACACUUUCUCUCGACCUCUAUCACACAGAAGACGAUAUUUACAAACUCUCAUUGGUGCUGGAGCCCAGGAAUUCUAAAUCGCCUACCUCUCCUACAACUCCUAACAAGCCAGUAGUGCCAUUGGAGUGGGCAUCAGGAGUAAUGCCAAAGCCUGACCUGACUAUUAUUAACAAGCACAUAAGAAAGUUGGUCGAGUCUGUUUUUAGAAACUAUGAUCAUGACCAUGAUGGGUAUAUCUCCCAAGAGGAUUUUGAAAGUAUUGCCGCCAACUUUCCCUUCUUGGAUUCCUUCUGUGUGUUGGACAAAGACCAGGAUGGCCUAAUUAGUAAGGAUGAAAUGAUGGCUUAUUUCCUGAGAGCUAAAUCUCAACUCCAGUGUAAAAUGGGACCAGGAUUUGUCCACAAUUUUCAAGAGGUGACCUAUCUCAAGCCAACUUUCUGUGAACAUUGUGCAGGAUUUCUCUGGGGCAUAAUCAAACAAGGAUACAAAUGCAAAGACUGUGGAGCCAACUGUCACAAGCAAUGCAAAGACCUCCUUGUGCUGGCAUGCAGGAAAUUUGCAAGAGGGACCUCCAUUGGAAGUGGUCAUGGCUCUCUUCCAGGAAGCCCAUCAUUGCCUCCAGUUCAGGAUGAGGUGUUUGAGUUCCCUGGUGUUGCUGCUGGACAUCAGGACCUGGACAGCCGAGCCAUCACCCUGGUGACAGGCUCCUCUCGAAAGAUCUCCGUGCGCCUUCAGCGGGCUACCACCAGUCAGGCCACUCAAACAGAGCCCAUGUGGCCUGAGUCUGGAUGGGGUGACUCAGGAUCUCAUACCUUCCCCAAAAUGAAAUCCAAGUUCCAUGGCAAAGCUGGAAAGGACAAAGGCUUUGCCCGAUGGGAGAAUGAGAAGCCUGGGGGGCAGGUCAACAUGAUGAACAUGGUGACCCAGAGCACAGAAUAUGAACUGGACCAGAAUGGAGCAGACACCAGUGAAGCCAGCCAAGAAUGUGAGGAUGGCUGACCCCUGGAUGGGGAAACUGAAUGUCUAAUGAGUUUGGCGGUUGCAUAAAGCAAGAUGAGGAAUCCCAAAGACCAUGUUCCAAGUCUGGAAAAAUGAUCAAAAAAAUAUUCCUGCCUUGUGAACUCAUCAGGUCAUCCUGUCCCAAUAGUGUGAUGGAAGGUCCCUGUCUGUGCAGCAGAAAAUCAAUGUACUAUUUAUUUCUCCCCCUUCCCCCAGUGACUGAUCUGUUAAGCAUUUCAGAAACAAUAAUGAAGACUGCUAUAUACCAAAUCUAAUACUCUUGUUUUUUCUUUCUUUCAAACCAUUUGUCUGUGGGUGAAAAGAAUGUUGUUUGUGCAUGCACUACCCAUUCUCUAAAUUGAUUGUAUUUGCUUUUUUUUCCUGAGAGAUAUUCUUUUAUCAUUUUUAUAAACUUAGUGAGGGUAGAGAUCAAACAAGUGUCAAAUCUCUUUGAGUUGAAGUAAAAGUCUAACCGGUAAUUCUGGUGCCUGGGGGUAAGCAACAAAUCAAAUUUGGGUGGGCUGGGAUGCGGUGAGGAAUUGCAGGGCCUCCCAUAGUGGAAGAGACUACUACUGGGAAGACCACUGCCAGGAGAGGGAAAAGUGCAGGAAAGGGCCAAGGAAGAGUUCACCAGGGGUAGAGCUGCCUUGGUUAGGGAAUCAACCCAUGAUCUGGUAGCCUCCUAUUCUAACCAUUUUGUUUUGCUAAAUAAAUGCUAAACUCAAUGAUUGCUACCUGCUGAAGGAAUACAAGUGUUGUCAGCACACUCUAAGUUUUGGCUCUGGACAUAAAUCUGUAUCACUCCAUCCUCAUUAUGAGUCUGGUUGGAAUCCUUCACCACAUGCCCUUUUAAUAUUCAUUUUGGGAGACACCAGAAUUUUUUACUUCCUCGUCGUCACAGGUAUUAAGUUUACUUUGUCUUUUUUUAUGUUUCUAUCACCUUAAAUUGUAGCAUUUGAAGCCUCUGUGGAAGUCAAAGAUAUGGUCUAGGAAAACUCCCUAAACAUACUCAGUACCUUAUAAAAUAGCAUGCUUGUUUUAGUAGAAAUUUGUUCAGUUAGACUGGGUUUAGAAUUUUUUUUUGUAAGUCCUGAAACGUUCCAGUCUUAGAUGAUGAAAUCUGAGGAGGGAAAAAACCUUAGCUACAGACAAAACAACGACAAUGAAAGCAAACUUUUUUUUUUCUUCCAGGAAUCUUGUUGCUAAAAAAAGAACUCUUGGUCAUUGAAAGAUGAUUCUCAGUGUUCUUUGUUUGUAACUGGUUAUGUAAUUCCCAUAAAUAAAAACUCGUCUUUGGAGA